UUUUUGGGGUUUGUCGAUGUUAAUUGCAUACUUUGUAACGUAAAAUCGGCAACAAGUAUUAGUGAAAUCGCCGUUGUUAAUGUUAUCGUCAGUGUGACGAUAUUCUUGGUUUUGGGUUUUGUUGAUAUU